AUGUCGUGCAUACAAAGUAGUGUUUCAUAUGUGAUUUUCACCAAGAUUAUAGCUUGUGAGACUCCUAAAGAAGCUUGGGAUAAGCUAAAGGAGGAGUUUCAAGGUUCGGACAAGAACAAGCAGCAGCAACCUAUUAAUCUCAUAAGAGAUUUUGAUAACUUGAAAAUAAGGGAGGCUAAAACAGUGAAAGCAGACAGGAUAAUAGCAGUGGUCAAUAGCAUCAGAUUGCUAGGAGGCCAAUUCAGUGAUAGUAAGGUAGUUAAGAGGUAUGAGUCAAAGAAUUCUUCUCUUGAAGACUUGAGGGACCUAUCAACAAUCUCACUACCAAAUUUUAUCAAUGUACUAUAUGCUCAAGAAUAUAAGAGAGCAUCAAGACAAGAUGAGCGUGUUAAGGGAGGCUUUCAAGCAAGAGCCUGUAAGCAGCUUAGCCAUAUAGAGAAGGUGUGCAAGAAUAAUGGGCAACCACAACAGAAAAAUGCUCAGGCACAGGCAACUGAUGGAAACCAAGCUCAGGAGGAACUCAUUUUCAUUGUCUUGUGCCUUACUACAAUAAGCAACAUUGAGAAACACUGGCUCAUUGACAAUGGCUGCACAAAUCACAUGACCUCAAAUGAAAACAUCUUUAAAAUUAUUGACACAAGUUCCAACUCCAACAUCAAGGUUGGAAAUGGUUAG